AAGAAAACUAGUUAACUCACAAAGAAGGGACCUGCUCGCUCACUAUAUUGCCUGUUCACUGGCAGCCAUUCAAUUUAGCUGUCGUGAUAUCGAAUUGCAGUUAAAGUCUGGCAGCCGGCCAGAAGUAAGCCUAUUUAAAAAGACAGCCUGCGCCUACAGUAACCAGUCUCUUUACAAACUCCACUGCCGUCUACAACUGGUGGGAGAUAUACAAAGUACUUCUUUUUUUUGUGUGUGUUCCUCCUAUUCUUGUUACUUUGUUACUCUUUCUUUUAUUUAUUUAUUUUUUUACUUUCUUUUGGAUGAUCAACUAAAAACUCCUUGUUUCAAAAGUUUAAAAAGCUACAGAUUUUGAAACACUUUUGCAAUAUUUUGAGGAAUUAACACUUGAUUUGCAGGACUGCAAAGAAUUACCGGAUUUUGCAUUCUGGCUAAAGAAGUUUGUGAUUAAAGUAGAUUUAUUUUUUUAUUAUUAUUAUUUUUUGACAUAGCAAACCUGUUGCUUCUGAUUGCAGCAACAGGUCCCCGACAAUUGUGUUUAGAAGACAGCAGCACCUUGCUUGGUGUGUUGAAUUUUUAGUCCUUUUUGAUUUUGCAAUUGUAGGCUGCAAAGGGGGUCCGUAGCUGGGAGUGCAACCCCCCAUAUUCCCCCCCAACUUUGCAUUUUAGGGGUUUUUGCUGCAUUUUUUUUUUUUGGGAGGGGGGAGAAGCACUUUGCCUGUCCAGAUGAUUGUGCCUGCCUGUUUCCUGCUCACCCUGUGCCUGGGGAUGUGUCAGUGCCUGGGCUCCUUUGUCCACUGCGAGCCCUGCGAUGAGAAAGCCAUGUCUAUGUGCCCACCGACCCCCGUCGCCUGCGAGCUGGUGAAGGAGCCCGGCUGCGGCUGCUGCAUGACCUGCGCCCUGGCGGAAGGGCAGUCCUGCGGGGUGUACACCGAGCGCUGCGCCGGGGGGCUCCGCUGCCUGCCCAAGCAAGGAGAGGAGAAGCCCCUGCACGCCCUGCUCCAUGGAAGAGGGGUCUGCCUGAACGAGAAGAUCUACAGGGACCAAGUCAAGAUCGAGCGGGAGUCCAGGGAGGAAGACCCGACUACAUCCGAGACAGAAGAAACCUACCCGACGAAGCCACGCAAAAGGGGCCAAGGGGUCUCGGAUCACAAAGCCAUCGCCCUGAACAACUUCCGUCAGAAAAAGCAGUCUGCCUCCAGGAUUGUGUCUGUGGAGAACAACAAAGGCCAGACUCACUCUUUACCCGAGUACAGCAUCGAGUCAGAGAUGGGUCCUUGCCGUAGACAGAUGGAGACCGUUAUGCAGGACAUGAAGAUGUCUCAUCGUGUAUACCCAAGGGCAUUCUAUAUUCCCAACUGUGACCGUAAAGGAUUCUUCAAAAGGAAACAAUGCAAGCCCUCCAGAGGUCGCAAGCGCGGGAUCUGCUGGUGCGUAGAUAAAUACGGACUUAAGCUUCCCGGAAGCGAUUAUGCCGCCGGUGACCUGCAGUGCCACAGCUUCGACAGCAGCAACAUCGAAUGAUCCUGCCGCGAUCUCAGUAAUGCUAAGACGGCCCAGGUGGACACGAUCACUCUUCUUUCUUUGUUACAUGUUCCCGGGAAAUCCAGAGGAAUUUUUUUUUAUUUUUUUUUAUUUCAUUAUUUUUAAUUUUUUUUCCUCAUCUCAUCAGCAAUGGAAAAAAAUAAAAUAUUGAACGCUUCAGAAGAUAACACAAAAUUAAAGACAAUGAUGAAGAAGCUGAGGAAAGGUGAACUUCUGAUGAAUAAAUAAAAAAAUAAAUAAAAAUGGAGUGAAGCUUGAGGCAACGGAAAAAGUGAAUUUUUAAAAAGUUGAGUCUUUUCCGUUUUGAGAAUCUGUUGCGUUUUUUUUUUUUUUAUAUAUAUAUUUUUAUUUUUUGACAAGGGGGAAACUCCCUAUAAGCUUUUCUUGGCUCCAUGCUGUUUUUUUUUUUUUUAUUAUUAUUUUUUUUGUAUCGACUGACUGAGGAAGGUGACAGGGCAUCUAAUAUUUUAGAGAAAAUGUAUGUUCUGUUUAAAAAAAAAAAAAAAAAAAAAAUGGCAAGCUUUUGGGGCUUAACCAAAAGUCCUUGAAACAUAGCCUGUCAACGCAGACAGACCUCCCCAGUUAGUGGCGACAAACAAAGUCAUGGAGACCGAAUGAUGUCGAUGAAAACGAACCAAGAGGCCAGAUCUUGGUUCAGCUUUCACCGACUGACUGAAGGCCUAGAAAUCGUUUUACCUGUCACUUUAAUUUCAAUUUUUUUUUUUUUUUUGGGACAGGGCACAGGACACUUGUAACAAUGCACUCCAUGAAACGAAUAACGCUUAAAAGAACAGUGGCGGCACUUUUUUUUUUUCUCUAUUCAUAAUUUAAUUUUCUCGUUGUGUUGACUCUGUGUCAAUCAAGGCAUGGUUUUUAAAGAAACUUGACCGAAUUCUCUACACGACAGCUUGUUUUCAGUCCUUAGAAGCGUGGCACCGUUUUUUGCUUGAGUACUUAUUUCAAGUUGGGUGUGCAGAUUCACCUUUUAACGCUCUUGAUUACUUUAUCUGACAGCAGAAAGUCCUUUUUUUUUGGAGUAUUUGCUGAGAAGCUGUGACUUUUUUAUUUUUUUUCUCCUCUAUUCUGCCUCCAUUUGGCAGAAUAUUCAAUAACGGCUCCCCAAACCCACUUUGCUGCCAAUAUUUUUUUUUUUUUUAUUAUACCUGCACAUGAUUAAAAAAUGGUUCAUUGCUGAAGGCAUCACCCACUAGUUCAGGUUCCAUGUGUAAUUAAUACUAAAGGCCUACAGUGCACUUUUAGCAGCCUGGUUACGGACCUGCUCUCUCCCAGUCCUUCCUCCCGCUCCCCCAUUUUUUUUUUUUUUUUUUUUUUAUGUUUUGCAGAAUAAUUGGUGCUGUUUUUUUUUUCUUACUGACGUUUCAAUGGUUUGUUGAAAAAUAUAAGCUAAAAGGACAAGUGGAAAUAUUGCGUUUCCUUAAGCAUCGGGGGGGAAAAAAUGGUUGAGUGGAUCUCUUGUUUAACAAAAAGAAAAUGAAGGCUUUAGAUACCACUUUUCUAAGUCUUGCCAAGCCAUAGGGAAGAUUUUUUUUCUGACACUUUUAAAAAAAAAAAUGCUGAACUGGUACGAGGUUCAGGAAGAAUUUAUUUUUUUAUUUUUUUUUAUUUUAAAAGCCAGAAGCAGCGGGUAGAUUUACUAACAGGAGACCGAUAACAUGGUGGUCACAAAACCAGUUUUGAUGGAUGGACCACUCCAGUAUUGGAAAGAAUUUGAAGACGUAUUCGCUUUAAAAAGAAAAAUCGACCUGUAUGCCCGAAAACCCAACAUCUCGAAGGACAAAAAAAAAAAGACUGGCUUUGGAUUGUAAAACUUUUCUUGCAAAAUUGGGGAUUUUUGGAUUGGGGAAAGUCAAUCUUGCCAUAUUGGAUGACCAGCUGUAGACUUCAUUGAGUAGCAUUGCUGAUAGUUAUGCUUGGCAUUCCUUGACUCGUUGCCUUUCAGUUUCUGGAUGGAGGAAAAUAAAUGCAAGACAAUAAGUUAGCACGUGGACUUUGCAAAAAAAAAAAA